UAAAAUCACACCACAAUAGAUUCUUAUCAUCAUUCAUUUAUAUAAAUACACAAGACACUAACAUAUCAUCAAACUCACUCAAAAAAGAAAUACAGAGAAUUCAAAAAAGAAAAAAAAAAGAUUCUUAGUUGUUUUGUAAGUGAAAACAGAGAUGGUGAUGGAAGAGAAACUCGUGAUUAAUGAACUGGAACAAGGGAGAGAGCUUGCGAAACGUUUGAUGAGCAAUCUCAAAGACACUUCUUCAGUUGAAUCCAACAAAACAUUGAUCUCUGAAAUCCUCAGUAUAUACCAGAAUGCUAUUUCCAGGCUGAGCUCUAAAGAAGGCGACAAGAACAUCAUCCUUAAGCGAAGCCGUGACAUCGAUGACAAAGAUUCUAAAAACAUGUUUAAAAAGAGGAAAGUGUCUGAGAAGAAGACAGAGAAAGUUAGUUUCUUUGUCGGAGCAGGGCAAGAAAAGGGCUCCAUUGAUGAUGGUUACUGCUGGAGAAAGUACGGUCAAAAAGAGAUUCAUGGAUCCAUAAACCCUAGAGGAUAUUUCAGAUGCACACAUCGAUUCACGCAAAAGUGUUUAGCAGUGAAGCAAGUUCAGAAAUCAGACAGAGAUCCUUCCAUUUUCGAAGUGAAGUAUGUCGGGAGCCACACUUGUAACAACGCCACCACAUCUCCAAAAACAGCGACCACGAACUCCUCCUCUGUUUCGAUGUUCCUAGAAGGAAACAGAGUGGCUGUUACAGAGCAAAAAGAAGACAUCAAACCGACGAAAACAGAGGAGGUGAUGAUGAGUCUUGAAGAUCUUGAGAGCAAGAAGAACAUUUUCAGAACGUUUUCUUUCUCUAACUACGAGUUUGAGAAUGCUGGUGGCUGGAAAGGUAACAUCUUUCAGGAGAAUCUGUCUCCUGCGACGACGUCAGGGUCUGGAAUCACUAGCGAGUUCGUAACUGCUCCUGCUUCUGUUGAGAACUCGGAGACUGCAGAUUCGUAUUUCUCGACGCUGGACAAUAUUAUCGAAUUCGGACAGGAUUGGUUGUGGUCGUAACAUUUGAAUUGGUGAAUGUAAUAUUACCGUGGUAGUAGUAAAUUAGUAAAUUAUAGAUGGUGAGUGUAAUUUUAGGUUUAGAUUUAUAUUUUUGCUGAUGGAUUAGAUGUUGGCUUUUAGGAUAUAAGUUUUUUCAAUAGGGAAGCCUUUGUUAAUCCCCCCCAUUAAUGAAGGUUACUGGUUCUU